AUGGGCUCAUCACAGUCUAGCAAAGCCGCUCCCGCCUCGGAAUCCUCCCCUCCUGCCGACAAGUCGCUCUACCAGCGCUUCCAAGAUAAGAAGCGCGGCCCGCCCCUGAGCGACGAGGACAUCAAGAAAUACACGGGCAAGUCGCGCGACGAGCUCAACGCCUGGGCCGAGGACCAGCCCGGCGUCGGCAAGAAUCAACUCGCGGGCAAGCUGGCCGUUGGCGGCGCCUCGGGUCUCGCCGGCGCCGCGGCCGGUGCGGGGUUCGGGGGAUGGGGCCCCGACGCGGAGCCGAGCGGAGCCGAUCGGGGGAUGAAGUUUCCACCAAAGCCCGAGGCCAAGGCCGACUAG